CUCUCGCCCGGAUGCCCGCGUGCUAGCUACCACCCCCGCCUUAAAACCACAGGUCGAGCUCACACACCUUCACGCACAACCUAGAACUCCAGUUCACCAUGCAGCAACCACGCGGUGGCUGCUGGGCCGCUCGCCGCCUCCUGGCCGCGCCGGCGUCCCCGCCGGAUCCCGCCCAUCCGAUGGACGCGCAGCCGAUGGCGCGCCUGGAGACGGUGUUCAGCGGCACCACCAUCGUGCUCUUCGUCACCACCGUCUCCUACGUCAUCUUCAGUGCAGUCUACGCCUGCAUCCGCGCCGCCCGCUACGACGCCCGCCAACAAGGACUCGGAUGGGUCGACGGCGACGGCCUGGGGGCGGCGGCGCCGCGGGAGGAGACCAAGCGCGCGCUCGAGGCGAUACCCGUGCGGGUGGUCGUCCUGCAGCAGCAGCGGCCGCACGAUGCCAUCGGAGGCAAGGAGGAGGAGGAGGAGAAGAAGGACCCCGACGCGGACGCUGGCGACUGCGCGGUGUGCCUGGCGGAGUACGCGGCCGGGGACGAGGUGCGGGUGCUCCCGGCGUGCCGCCACGGGUUCCACCGGGAGUGUGUCGACCGCUGGCUGCUCACGCGCGCGCCCACCUGCCCUGUCUGCCGCGCCACGGUCGGUGCGCACGUCGAGGGCGCCGACGCCAAGGAGGACUACGCGGCCGGACACGGCGGUGGCAUUGGUUUCGCCGCCGGGUCCCAUGCGCUUCCGGAGCCGGUGUGACCGAUCGACAGUGAGUGUGGAUCGGCAGAUGGCGGUCACGGUUCACUAUAGCUAUAGUUUAGCUGAACUUUGAUGUCUGAAACAGGUUGUUGCUUUCAGUGAUCACCCAGCUUAUAAUAACUAAUAAGACAGCGCCUUUGCUAUUUGCAAGUUGCUUGAAAUUCAGUGGUGCGUAUGUAGAUUUUCCAGUGAAGAAGAUGAGGGCAAUGCCGUAAUGGCACACCCGGACCUCCGUGGCCGAGACGGGGAGUCUUGUCCGGACCUCGCCUUGGACGGAGACGACACAACUGUCCAUGGCGUUGCCCGGCGAGGACGAGGGUUCUACAGCAAAGGGGAUUGACCCGUGAAAGAUGCAAAACAAUCGAGCAAUUUGAUCAUAUAUCAUGUGUAACCGAACCGAAAAUAAGGAUUGCGGUUUCAUAUCAUUAUAGCGGUAGGGUUCCACUAUCGUAAAGAUAACGGACAAUAGUCCGCCUUCUAAUCAGGAAGGUUUACUUGAGGUAAACCUUUCUUUGUU